AGGGCAGCCACGAUGCAGAGCAUCAAGUGUGUGGUGGUGGGGGAUGGGGCAGUGGGCAAGACAUGCCUGCUCAUCUGUUACACGACCAACGCCUUCCCCAAGGAGUACAUCCCCACCGUCUUUGACAACUACAGCGCCCAGAGCGCGUUGGACAGCUGGACAAUCAGCCUCAACCUGUGGGACACAGCCGGUCAGGAGGAGUACGACCGCCUGAGGAUGCUCUCCUACCCGCAGACCAACGUCUUCAUCAUCUGCUUCUCCAUCGCCAACCCGCCCUCCUACGAGAACGUCAAGCACAAGUGGUACCCGGAGGUGUGCCACCACUGCCCCGACGUUCCCAUCCUGCUGGUGGGCACCAAGAAGGACCUCCGCUCCAGCCCAGAGGUGGUGAAGAAGCUGAAGGAACAGAACCAGGUGCCUGUCACCACCCAGCAGGGCGUCAGCCUCUCCAGGCAGAUUGACACAGUCAAGUUAUCCAAAUUUUGA